GUAGGCACGGCUGUUGUUGCACCUGUACCAGUCUCUGCUCUGGUUCUUCCCUACACACAGGAAGCAGCCUCACACAGAGGCCCGACUCCGACUCCAGACUACUUUUGUAACAGACCUUACAGGAUGAACAAUGACCACACAGAGAUUAGUCCCUCUGAUCCCUCUGUCGACGCCUACACCACUCCCCUGAUCGCCGUGAAGGCCGAGAUCGGCUACCAGCACAAGAAGCGUCGUUACGUCCGCAAAGAUGGCAACUGCAAUGUCCUGUUCCGCCAUGUUCCUGAGGAGUGGCUCAUGUACGUCACCGACAUCUUCACUACGCUGGUGGAGAUAAGGUGGAGAGUUAUGUUCCUCAUCUUCACCCUCUCUUACACCCUCUCCUGGCUCUUCUUCGGCAUCCUCUACUGGUUGAUCGCCCUGGCUAACGGCGACAUCAGGGACCCUACUAACGCCCCUUGUAUGUACGAGGUGAGGGACUUCACCGCGGCUUUCCUAUUCUCACUGGAGACCCAGACCACAAUCGGUUAUGGUUUUAGAGGGAUGUCAGAGAACUGCAUGGUGGCGAUCAUCGUCGUAACCGUGCAGGAUGUCAUCAGCUGUUUUAUUGAUACAUUCGUCAUCGGUAUCGCUGUGGCAGAGAUGGCAUCGACACGGAAACUGACGCAAACAGUAGGCUUCAGCAACUGCGCUGUCAUCAACUUGCGAAAUGGGCGUUUGUGCCUGUCAUGGAGGAUCGGAGACUUCCGCCAACACCACAUGGUGGAGGGGAUGGCUCGUGCUCAAAUCUUCCGCCCCACCAUGCACGCCACUGGGAGGGUGGACAUCAACUACAAGGACCUGGAAAUCAAACAGAGUGAUAUCCUUUUAGCCAUACCAACCACCAUCUUCCACAUUAUUGAGCCCGGUACUCCACUCUACCGCAUGAGCCUGGAGGAUCUUCGGAAAGAUGACUUUGAGCUGGUGGUGUCCUUCACCUACACAGACGACUCGACGGGCAUCCUGCACCAGACCCGCACCUCCUACACACCCGACGAGAUUCACUGGGGACAUCUGUUCCAAGAUAUGCUGAAUGUAAACCUGAAAUACUACAAGGUAGACUACUCCAUGUUCCACCACACUGCUAAGGUCCUGAUUCCGGAGGUCAGCGCAGAAGAGUACGAUCAAAUUAAGCUUCGGCGUUCCCCGCGCCACUCCCCACGCCACUCUCCGCGCCACUCCCCGCGCCACACUCCGUGCCACUCCCCACACCACUCCCCGUGCACCACGUGCCCAAGCAUUAAUUGCAAUCCCCCGAUGGUGACUGUGGAACUGGUAAACGGCACCACAGAAGCUGAGGUACAUGCAGCCAUGGCUGCUACUAUCGCAGCAGUUUGCGAGGACCAAGGACAUUUGUGUCUUCCAAGGAACCCCAUUCUGACGUAGAUGUUCUGCUGACAUGGCAAUACCAACACAAUUUCAUUAUAACUGGCCAAUGGUCAUUCAGAAACAUGGCCAUUGCAGUCUGCCUUUACUAUUGUCCAGGCUCUGUAUGCUGAAGUUGCUUUUAAAUACUGAAAAGACAAAGUUGAUUGUUUUCACGAAAUCUAAGAUGAAACCUGACUCUUACACGUACAGUCAAUGUGCAGGACAAACAAAUAGAAAGACUAGCAACUAAGAAGUAUUUUGGUUUCUCGAUAGAUGAAUGUCUCACCUUUAAACCCCACAUUGUACGUCUUGUACUUGGAAUUCUUGAUAGAUGAGUGUCUCAACUUUAAGCAUCGUAAGUCUUGUGAAAAGGUUUUUAUUUUCGUAUUAAGUCAUGUUUUUCAUUAGAAGCGAGAAAGAUGCUUGUUUCCACUACUUUCUUACCUGUAAAUGAUUCUGGUGAUAUCCUGUACAUGUAUGCCCCUGUGAUUUCAUUGCGUAUGCUGGACUGGGUACCAUGGAGCACUGAAGUUUGUUACUAACUCCAAAGCCCUCACUCAUCACUGUACUCUCUAUAUGAGAGUGGGCUGGUCUUCCUUUGCUCUUCGGAGAUGAAGUCAUUGGUACGUUUGACUUGUGUAACUACAUUGUCCAGCAGACAAAUGAAAACUCUCGCCUGCGCUCACAUGACUGCGCUCUUGUGCCUAAAGGCCCCGUACAGAGAUAGGUGAAAACACUUUCCAGUUCUCUGCUCCUUCCGCUUGGAACAAGCUUCAAUAGGCCCUGAAAUCACAGGAACUCAUCCCUUAAAAUGAGUUUAAUAAAUCCUCUUAUGGCUGCAUCCCUUGUUCUCAAUUUCCGCCUGAAGACAUACCCUAAUCUUAGUCUUAGUCUUAACUUCCUGAAGCUCAGCCCCAGAGGCAAGGAUAUGCAUAUUCUUGGUAUCAUUUGAAUGGAAACAUUCGGAAGUUUGUGGAAAUGUUAAUUGCAUGUAGGAGAAUAUAACACAGUAGAUCUGGUGGAAGAAAAGGGAAAGAAAGAGCAUAUGUUUUCUGUUUUUUAUUGUUGUAGCAUCAUCUUUCACAUAUACUAGAAUAGCCACACAGUCAGAUAGAAUGCUGGAGAUAAUUUUGAUGGAUAACACGAGAGGGCAACUGUAGGUGUGUAAAGGUUCAGACUGAUAACUUCAGGAAUGGUUGAGCUACAUGACAUUUAGCAUGAAGUCACCCAGGUGUCCCACACAAGUUGCCCAAAUGUACGCAAGUGGCCGAAUUGGUGAAAUGACCUAUAACUAUAUACAACAGUGCAAAUAACUAUAUACAACAUGUAAAAAAAAAAGCAAUUCUAACACACAUUUUUUUUUAUAAAGAUGUUAAAAAAUAUAUUAGGAAAGAGGAAAGAAAACAGUAGACCCUUUGGAAGUCCUCUACACAAUAUUUUGCUGCCUGUACCAUGUCCCAUAGCAGUCUCUUUCUGAUGUAAAGCAGAGGCAAACUGAACAAGUGGUGCAGGUCA